GGUGGGGGGGGGGGGCAGGGUUGCAGCAGGCGGUUCUGCACUCUGCUUUAAGUGGAACAAAUGCAGACACCGCGGAGCAAGGCGGAGUGGCUCGGGAGACGGACGGCCAGUUAGCGGCGCGCCUCGAGGUGCCGUUCCACGCUGGGCGGUUGGAUCGCCAAGAGGGAGGCUCUGGACAGCUUCUGCAGCUGCUGCUGCAAGCUCUGCUCGCAGCGUGGGCCCCACCCCCGCCGCCGUGCCCCCUCCCCUUCCCGUCCCCGCCAUGGUGCUGCCGUCGCCGGACCGCGGCCACGUGUGCGUCUUCACGGCGCUGGUGGUGGGCAGCAUGGUGCUGGUGGACGCCUACCUGGUGCAGCAGAACACUGGCCCCCGCCGCGUCGGCGUGUGCAUCAUGCUGCUGGUGGGCGACGUGUGCGUGCUCGUGCUGCUGCGUUACCUCGCCGUGUGGGUGGGCGCCGAGGUGCGCACCGCCAAGCGCGCCUACGCCAUGGCGCUCUGGUUCCUCUACGUGUUCGUGCUCGAGAUCAAGCUCUACUUCGUGUUCCAGAACUACCGCUCGGAGCGCACCGUCUCCUCGUCGCCGGCCACCGACGGUACGGCGCGCAAGCUGCUCACGCUGCUGCUGUCCGUGUGCGUCCCCGCGCUGUACGUCGCGCUGGUCGCCGUCGACCACAUGGGGUACGUGCGGGCGUUCUGGAAGAAGGAGGACCUCCGCAGCCGCAUCUUCUGGGUCGUGGUGGACUUGCUGGAUGUGCUGGAUGUGCAGGCAAGCCUGUGGGAGCCGGCGGCCGCCCUGCAGAUACAACUGCAGCAGCAGCAACAGCAGAGGACGACUCCUCCUCCACCCUGGGUGGAGGGACUCACCUUCUUCUACUGCUACACGGUGAUGCUCGUGCUGCCGUGCGUCUCGCUAAGCGAGAUCAGCGUGCAGGGCGAGAGCCUGGUGCCCCACCGCCUGCUGCUCUACCCCGUGUUCAGCCUCGUGGCCGUGAAUGGCGCCACGGUGCUCGUGCGCCUGCUGCAGGUGCUGCUGUACCGCGACCCACGCGUCUCCGCCGUCUUCCUCGGCAAGAACGUCGUCGCGGUCGGGAUGAAGGUCGCCACCUAUGCGAGCCACUGGCGGCGGGGGCGGCGGCGGGGGCAGCAGGGGUGCGGAAGGUCCCGGCGAGAGGCCGGGCCCGCGGACGGGGACGCGGGACCCCGCGGGACGGCGGCCUCGCGAGCUUCGUCCUCCACCGUGGACGCCCCCUCCGGCUCCGGGCCCAUCCGGCCGUGCCCUCAAUCGCCGCUGCCAUCCACCCUGGGGAUGGAGAUGGGCCUGGAGUUUCAGACGGACUCGGUGCCGCGUUCGUUUCAGUGCCACCAGAAGCAGCAGCAGCAGCGGCGGCGCUCGCGCCACGCGGACGCGUUCGUGUCGCUGCAGAGCCUCCCCGGAGACCGGAGCGUCUCGCCAAUCGAAAGCGACGUCAGGUGAUAUUUUACCGCCCGGAUUCAG